AUGAAACACAAAGUGCGGAACUGACCGUAUUCCUUUCGUAAAUAGUACCAAUGCAAAGAGUAAAGGGCAUUAACUUAGCCUUCGUGUACUGUAAUUUUAGGAGUGUCUAAAUUACAAUAUUGCGUAAAAUAUUGUUGUAUAUCUGAAGUCGUUAAAAAGAUUGUAUAGGAGGACAAUAUUGAUUAACUUAUUUCAAGAAUACAGGAAUGCUGAUGUCAUUGACACACCUCCAUAAAACAAAGAACAUGGAAAUCGACCUUGCGUUGCUCUAAUGUGUGUUUCGAAUGAACUAGACUUUCAACCUCCUUCUGACUACCUACACCACGCGGUUCUUGAUCAGCUGCCGCUGCGGGUUGCAGACCUCGUAGAACCUUGCAGUCACUUGCACUUGUUUUGUUGCUAUUCGUGGGUGACAGGUACCGUAGGGUGCCCGGGGGGGCUGCCAAAAGGGGUAGAAUCUUUUGAUAAAAAUGGCAGGUUCAGCAUUGAGAAGAUUGAUGGCAGAGUAUAAACAACUAACACUGAAUCCACCUGAAGGAAUUAUUGCUGGUCCUAUUAACGAGGAAAAUUUUUUUGAAUGGGAAGCUUUAAUCACUGGACCUGAAGGAACCUGUUUUGAAGGUGGAGUAUUUCCAGCUAAAUUGAUCUUUCCUCCGGAUUAUCCACUAAGCCCUCCAAAAAUGCAAUUCACGUGUGAAAUGUUUCACCCCAAUAUAUACGCUGAUGGUAGAGUAUGUAUAUCCAUUCUUCAUGCUCCAGGAGAUGAUCCAAUGGGAUAUGAAUCUAGUGCAGAGCGUUGGAGUCCGGUGCAAAGUGUGGAAAAAAUUCUUUUGUCUGUGGUCAGCAUGUUGGCUGAGCCCAAUGAUGAAAGUGGAGCAAAUGUGGAUGCUGCGAAGAUGUGGAGAGAAGAUAGAGCAGAGUUCAACAGAAUUGCUGAGCGAAUUGUACGCAAGACACUUGGAAUUCUAACUCCGUAAUCUCUGUACAUUCCAUAAUACUUCAAUUAUUUAAAUUAUGCUCAAAAGGAAAUUUUUUAUCUUCCCAGAAUGAAAGGUUGCUUCCUUCAGUGCAGAUAGCACAUUUAGAUAAAUGUACAUAGAUAUCUUAGAUGUGCUGUUAAUGUUUGUUCCAACAUUAUUUUGUAAAUAAAAAAGUAUGAAUAUCUCUAUUUUUAAUGGAAAGUUGCAAAAUAAGGCAGUGUUUCCAUUCUUCUGUAGUACCUAUCUGCUAACUUAUCACCAACAAAAUUAAUUAUAAUGCAACUACAACUUUUCAGAAUAUAAUACAGGUAAGUUAUUGAAAACAACAAUGCAAUUUAAACUAGGUGAUCAUUAUCAAGAAGCAAGGAGUUGGUUUUCCAGUAAGUAGGAUCAUCCCAUCAUAGAUUUUCUCUGUACCUAUACUGCACUACUCGUCGCUAUGGUGACCAUUAAACUCCUGAUUGAAUGAAACUGUUAACAGCUGAUACCUACCAGGGCGCAGAGUUGGAAAAAUUGCAGUAUAAUUUAAAGUUUGAUAAUACAU